UACCAGACUAGCUCAUUCUGACAAAAGCUGUGACGUCGAAACCGGCGAAAAUAUGGCGGAUAAUUGUGGUAGGAGACCCUCCCCGUGUGGCCUCUGCAUGUGACAAAAAUAUUACUGAUUUUAACUGGCAAAUAUGACACGCCGUGAUGGAGAUGCAACCAUCAAGAUGAUAAGAAUGGAUCGCCAGGAGCCAAGGCCGAAGAAACACUCACUUGGGACUGAAAGUAGGGACGACACUUCGCCGACGUCGUCGGCAUCCAACAUGUCCAAGCACCGGCAUGAUCGCGAUACUGCUCGGUCAACUUCUAACUCGCUACCGGGGUCAAGGGCUUCGUCGCGGCCCGGAUCCCGUAUGGCUUCCCGCACCAACAGCCAGGAGUCUAUUAUUGAUCUCUUUGAUAGCAUGACGCUGGCGUAUAGCCGGAAUGGCCAGGAUGGCAAGGGUUUCCAGCUCAUCUCGCCCAAGCCCCGAAACCUGCCCCACCAGCGCUGGACUUGGGCUGACAAGCUGCGCAUCAACAGUGCCAUCUGGAGGUGCUGGCACAUUCAGUUUGUCAAAGGAAAAAAGCCGAUGGGCUGUCACUUUGAUUCACGCCUUCCUGAAUCCAGACCAACGCUACAGGCUGAUGCGAUCCAGAGUGGCCGGGGCACAAUCGGCAGCAUCCAAUACAACCAAUCACAGGUGGGCUCUGUCGUCCGUGAUUAUCGACGAUGGCGCCUCUAUCACAUGGACACCAGCAAGCCUGGGACGAACCCCUCCCAAGUCGAACCAGUCGAGAACCCAGAAGAAAAUGCAUUCAAACUGGACACGCCCCACCCACCCCUCUCCCCCAUGGCCGCCCGCACCCUCCUCAACGAUGACCUCUCAAAGGACUUCUCCGACACGCUCUUCAUCAGCAAGAAGAAACAUUUCACGGUUCUGCAUCCCAAGAAAAUCGCCCGUCAUGUCUACAAUGCUGACAUCUUUCAGCCAGGGCUGAUGCAGCUUGAACCAGACUUUGGCGACGACUUCAUGGACACGUUAGACUCCAUUCAGGAUACAUUGUGUAAGACGCCCACCAAGGUAGACCUCCGUAGCCUGAUUGAGUUCAACGAGGACUUGCUUGGUACAGAAAGCAUAAGCGCCUUUAGUGAUUCACUCCUUGGCCCGCUCACGACCGUGAGUGAGGAAACCACCGAAGCCCAGCAGGAUCCAGUGCCAGCCUCCGUCGUAUCAGCCCCUUACCUGGUCACUGUCAGCCCCAGGCCAGCCAGCGUGGCCCGCAAUCUCUCCUUCCCGUCUUCCCCAGCUGCCCCCAUCAGCUCGUCUGCCCAGCUCUGGGAUCAGGCCAACUUCCCCAUGCCCACCUCUGCACCAGCCUCCACCACCCUCAAGCAGUUUUCAGCCAGCGCUUUUGCCCCGCAGUCGACGUCCUCUGCAUCCUCGGCCAUGACCUCUGGGGCUGGGCUUGGUCAGAUGCCGCCGAUCUUUGAGGUGUCGGGUGCAGGCACUGGCAGCGGAGGGAUGGCCAUGCAAGUGGACGUGGUCCCGUCACUGGGGCAGCAGAAUAGCUCUGUCACCUUUUCCCAGUCACAAGUAUUUUCCACUGCCAUACCCAAGCAGGAGCCAUACAGUCCGUCUAUGGCCACAAGCCCUCAGUCCAUAAACACAGGAAUGGACAUCAGCGAUGCUCUUGAAAUAAUAGCUGCCCAGUUCCAACAACAGCAGCAGCAACAACAGAAGGAGUGGCAACAGCAGCAGUUGCAAUCCAGCAAGCAGCAGGUGUCCACUCCGAGCCUGCAACCUGCGCCCCAGAAAUUGGCAGUCAGUGGGAGCCAGACCAGCUGGUCUGGUGUGACCACAGAGGGAAAGCUGCCCAUCUCACCCACCAGCAACUACACCACGCAGGUGGAGCCUAACUGGCCCAAUUCCAACCUGCCCCAGGCCCUGCCCUCCACUGGAAUGAACUGGUCCCUGGCUGGGGGUAUGUCAGCUGCCUCUGUCAUGAUGGGUGGAUUUCCUCAGGGUAUCAUGUCCCAGGGGGGCCUCUCCAGCUCUAACAUGGCAUUCAUCCAGAAUGCCGGUGGUUUCCCUGCAGGGAUGAUCCCAGACACCAUGGCACCCAUGGACCAGAACAUCAUUCUGGGUGCAGCGUAUUCCCAGCAGAACAAUACUAAACAAUCACUGGGUCUUUUAGAAUCAAGCCAUGGUCUCGGAGGCCAUGGAACUCCAGGUCAUACAACACCAGGUCAUAAAACACCGGGUCACGUGACUCCAGGCCAUGUGACACCAGGCCAUGUGACUCCAGGUCAUGUGACGCCAGGCCACAAAACACCGGGGCACGUGACUCCAGGCCAUAAGACACCAGGCCAUGUGACGCCAGGCCAAGCCACUCCAGGUUAUGUGACACCAGGCCAUGUGACACCUGGCCACGUGACUCCGGGUCAUGUAACCCCAGGCCAUGUGACACCUGGCCACGUGACUCCAGGCCAUGUGACCCCCGGGCCACUGACACCGCAGAUGGAUGAAAGCAUGGAGUUCGAAGAGUUUCCAUUUCCAUCUGCAUCAAAGAACAGCAGCAGCACCUCGUCGUCGUAUAAGGCCAAAAGAGAGCGCUCCCAUAGUCGGAAGAAUUCCCAUGAUCGCAGUCCACGUGUUAGUCAGGUCAGCCCACGUGUUAGUCAGGUCGGGUUCUCUGACUCGGCCUCCUACACAACUUUCCUGGGGAAGUCUGAGGCAAAAGAUCUUGGCAUGCCUAGCCCAUCAGAGAUGUCUGUAAACCCCUUUCUCCCGUCAUCUGGCCAUCCGUCCAACGUGUCUAGUGCGGCUUCCUCCCCGGGCAGCGUGACAGAAGGCACUGAAUUUGAGCUUUAUGACUGGAUUAUGGACUGUCAGUCAAAGUCGUUCCCAGCACCUCAAACCAAACGGAGAAAAACACCAGAGAACAAUGGUGAAAAGGAAACCCGCCGGCGAUACAAACACCUUCAGUCCGAGCACAAGCGACGCUUCAACAUCCAGUCAGGACUGGACGAGAUCCAGAGGGUUGUCCCAAGCCUGCGGAAUACCAGUGAUUCCAGUAAAAGCAGUACAGCGACCAUGCUGCAGAAAGCCCAUGAGCACAUAAUGACUCUGAAAGCAGAGUUGAAAGACCUGAGGGACACUACGGAGAAGCUGCGAGAGGAAAUACAGGCACUCAACACUGAAAUAGACUCAUGCCAAGACGAGUUGCCAGAUACCGGGGCACCAGUCACUGCCCAGAGUGACCGGCAGCUCUACCAAAUGAUGGAGACCUACACCCAUCAGAAAGUGAAGCAGAACUGGACCUUCUGGAUUUUCAGCCUGAUCAUCCAGCCUUUGUUUGAGACGUACCUCUCUGCUGUAAGCUCGUCCCAUGUCUCCGACUUUGACCAGACCGUACAGGACUGGACUGAAGGACACUGCAGAUUGAAACCGCUCAGGAAAUUGGUGACGGCAGCGUUAACCAAAGUCAGCAAAGAGACCUCCAUCCUGAUGGACCCAGCUGCCCUCCCAGCCCAGAUCAAAGAAAUGGCCACCAGAGACACCGACCAGCGUGCGCACGGCAAGACAUAACGAAAGGCUCCCUACUCAGAACGUUCAGACUAUUUUAGCCAUCACUAUUUAUUUGUAAACAUGUGCUGUUCUUAUUUUUUAAUUGAAUUACGAAUUGAACUUUGGGGAGAAAAUGAGACUCGGCACUGGAAACGAAUAAACAACCCAGUGUUAUUGUGAAUGAUGUUUUUUCCCAUGGGUUGAAGAUGGGUCUCAGUAGCCUUGUGCAAGCAGGGUCAUGCGCUAAUAUACUUUGACAUUUUGGGCUCUUGUGGUGGGUGCCAGGUAUCAUCAGUAAUUGCAUCGAAGCACUUCAGCAGUGAAUUUCAUGAAAUUUUAUGUGUCGCGCAUUGAGCUGUUUGUAUUGAGUUGUGACUCAUUUCAUGGAAGUCGGAUAGUGUGUAAGUGUAUGAGCCGUGCGAUGUAUUACGGAGUGACUUACACCUCCACUUGUAGGCUGCUUAAUUUUGGCAUUCACGUCCAAAAUGAAAAUGAAGCUUGUCGUUGCUCAACAUCUUAAGUUUGAUGCGCUAAGUAUCACCUGAUUUUGUAGGGGGUAUACAUGUAUGUACUCGCCAAACCAUGAGAGAAUUGCAAAGUUUCUCCUCAGUUAUAAUGGGAAAAAAAAACAGUGUUGUGAGUGACUGCGAUCAAAUCACAUACUGUAUGCACAGCUUCAAGAUAGCUGAGGUGAGGUGACGCUGGUCUAAGAUUUGUAAAAUGUUGAAAUUGUGGGGAGGCUGUGCAUCGUUUAUGAUCAUCAGCCUGUUCUUCGGGUACUCAAGAAAAAAGUUACCGAAGUCUAAACAAUGCGAAAGGUGAUGCAUUGUUUCUGGAAAUCAUCCGCUGAUAGACGAUAAUAAGUGCGAAUUCAAAGUUUGGAGGGACGGUGUUGUAAUCAACGUAUUUUCAAAAUGAGGAAUCUAUUAGAAAUGUUAAUAUAUGCGUGUCAAGGAGAUCAGUCUACAGGGUUCUCAUGGAACGCCAACGAAUGCUGUGAAAUACUGUGAAAUGCUGCAUUGUACAGGUUUAUUGGAUCAUAGACGUGCGACUGAUUUUCGUUCUGUUUAGAAUAGCUCCAACGUUUAAACUUUUGUUCGUUUGGCCAAACAGCAGACUCAAGCUUUUAAAAAGUUGCUUGGAUUUCUCAGAUGGAGACACUUUUGAUUUGGACAAACCGUAAGAAUGAGCCUCAUGCCGCAAGAGCCAGGUGGCCACAGUAGACGUGUCCAUAGUGGAGUGGUGACUGUAAUUUAUAAAGUGUGCUAGAUCACUGUGCACGUGACCCCUGACUCCAGUGCGAUGCACAGGCGUGUGCAAACGUGACUCAGCCUGUGUGCAAACGUGACUCAGCCCAUGUCCAAAUGAGCCUUGAUGCCUGGGAAUGUUUGACCAAAUGGGAAUGUUUAUGGGAGUAUAUACUCCCAAAUGUUCCCUUAUACAAGUAAUUGCUUCUCAAUGCCACUAGUUGUCUUUGUUUUGAUUGGGUCCAGGUUCUCAAAUUUUCAGAUAGGGUCAAGAAUACAUUUUGAGAAAUACAGAGGUAUUCUAAUCUUAGGAAACUAUUCAUAGUGAGUAUAUAUUUAGAGUAGCCUGUGUCAGGCAUUUAUCCACCCAUCACCUUUUCUUUGGGUUUGUUCCAUCCUACCUAGCCAUCAACCUGCAAGGAACUUCCAUAAUUAUGCAAACAGAGCCAGACCUCGUCAACUGUAUAUGUAACGGUUCUCUGUAAACUUACUUCUGCUCUGAAAAUUUGAAUGCAUUGGUUUGUUGUGUGGUGCAUGUAUAUGUGCAGUGUUUUUGUAUGUAAUGUUCACAUAUGCCAGCACUCGCUAUUUCAAAUCCAAGCACGGAAGAGAUAGGGAUAAAAAAAAGUAAACUAACAUCACAUCUGGGUUUGACGAUUUAUUCGCACUCUGCCCAUUUACAUGUUUGAUUGGUAUAAUUUAUGACAAGAAAGACACACACACACUUCAGUUUAUGUCAAUACCAACUAAUUGUGGAGUAUUGAGAUCUGACUCAUAAAUUAUAGUUUCUAGUCAUUCAUGUUUUUUAAGUAUAGGCUAUCAAAAUGAAUCGCAACAAAAGUAUUCCUUUGCACCUGUUCAUAUCUUCCCAACUUGUACUGUUACUUGGAGUGGACCAAUCUCAAACCAUUGAUAGCUUUGCUACAUAUUGUGUAGGAUUUCCAAGAGCCCCCUCCACCACCCAACAAAAUGGAAAUAUAAACCCUGUGCCAUUAUUGCUAACGUUGGGGCUUUUGUAUGUUUAUUUACCUGAUGUCAUUUCCCAGUGCAGAAUGGAUAAUCAUGAAAAUGAGUCCUGCCCAAUUCAGACACACGAAUGAUAAAUGCAUGUAAUGUAGUAAGAAAAAAAGACUGAAAUGAUUUGUGAUUGUAUGAUUUCAAACGUUGUGUUUGACAUCACUUUUUUAGGGGCUGCCAUUUCUUUGCACGUUAUUAAAAACAGAGGUGCAUGCCCGGUAAUGUUUUCUUAAAACAACAACAAAAAUUAAGGAAAGGAGGCACACUAUUUUAAAAGGAAAACCAAUGUGGAAUAAUGACAGUGUUCUGUGUGCAUUCCAUAUUUAUGAAUUUUACGAGCAACGUUUAUGCGAGGGCGGUUGGAAAAACACUGACGUGCUGUCCUUCGAACUUCUUAAGUACGUGAUGAUAUUGAUUAGAAGGCAAGUUAUUAUUUGAAUAAAGAUCCAUUUUAGAGUCA